UCCUGGAUUCCUGAAUAAGUAACAUUGUAACAUCACAGUUGAAACCUUCACUGUCCAUGAUUUUCCUUUUAAGACAUCGCCAUCAUCACCAUCGCCAAAAGCAGGAUCAAUGGCUUUCAGAAAGGCAGUGAAGGGAACCCUAAUAGGGGGCGGAGCUGUUGCAACAGCCUUCGGCCUAUCACAGUUCUUUGAAUACAGGAAAAAUCAGGUAUGGCUUUAAAUAUCACCAGUGCUGUUGCUCUACCUUAUCCCAUCUAAAUAUAAAGAUUUGGCAAAUUCUUUUGACAAAUACCAAACAUUUUUGUUUUCACAUCUCACAUCCAAACAGUGACUCCUACAGGUUAGACUGCAGUAUGCACACGCGGCAGCUGUUCACACCCAUCUGUACCACAACAUGUCUCGUCCUGACUCGGGAAUGCUCCCCCUGUGUUUAUACGAUCUUAAAGAUACAGCCUUAUUCAAGAGUUCAGUAUAACUCUGGCCCUGUAGCUUGAGCUUAAAGCCACAAUCGAUUUAUAGCUAUUUAUAACGAUUCCCUGUUUAUAAUUCGUAAAGGGUUAUUCUUGUUUUCAUGUGGUCAACAACUACAUCGGACAGCUUUCUUGCAAAUCCAGAGGCAUCGGAAAACCUCCUUUGUACCUUUAGAUACCGUCUCAAGUCUCCAAACUUACCCAGUUCUCUCUCUAGGGCAGACCACCGUAUUACAAUCAGGUUUUGUUUGCUAAAGGGAGAUUACACUUGAACAGUGAUACACACAUUGUUUAAAGGAUCUCUCUUGAAUAUGUAAUCAUGAACAAUCUGAUCCCCAUUCACGCCAUCAGGGAGUGUGUCACACGCCAUGUUCUGUCCGUAUUUAAACUAGUAAGAACCCCAGGGGUCUCGUCUGUUUAGAUGCUAUACCAAAUAACGGAAGGUCAAGUAGAUUAAGAUAAUCAACAAGGCUUUCUGAAACAAAUGAAGAAAAAAAAGACAGACCCUUGAAGAGCAAUGGGAGUCCUGAUUUUCUCUCUCAUCAUUUAUUUAAAUCUUCCCAAGCCCAUUUUGUCCAUUAUCCUGCAUCUCAACUGUUCCAAUCCCAAUGAAACUCCAGGGAGCGAGAGAAUUAUGCACUCUCAAGGACAUGGUUUCCAUGGAGAUUGUCACUACACGGUUAAUUUGUCAAAGAAAAAAAAAAGUUAAGGAAGAUCUUGAGUUUGGAUGUAUUUUUUUAACCAUCUUUACAUUUUGCACCAACUCUGCAAGACUUCACUGGAGGUACUGCAGCGGUCAAUCAGAUCGCCUUCACGUCACGUUUGCAUCCCAUGUUAAGAGUUUCACUGACACAAACUUUUGUUCUGAUGUUUCUCCAUUUAUUUGUUUAUUUAUCCCUCGUGUCAUCUCAAUGCAGCCUAAAUGGGCUCGGCUGGCAUAUGUUGAAGCGCAGGGUGACCUAAAGGUGCCGUUUAAAGACGCUCUCCCAACGAGAGAGGAGCAGAUCUCAGCACUGAGAAGCACAGAGGAGUUUGAUGUCUUGGUGGUGGGCGGUGGAGCCACGGGCUCGGGAUGUGCCUUAGACGCUGUCACGCGGAAUCUGAAGACCGCCCUGGUAGAACGGAGUGAUUUUUCAUCGGGCACCAGCAGCAGAAGCACCAAGCUCAUUCACGGCGGAGUCCGCUAUCUGCAGAAAGCCAUCAUGAAACUAGAUUAUGAGCAGUACAUGAUGGUGAAAGAGGCCCUUCACGAACGUGCCAACCUGCUGAACAUCGCUCCUCACCUGUCUGCACCUUUACCUAUAAUGCUUCCUGUUUACAAAUGGUGGCAGCUACCGUAUUAUUGGGCUGGUAUUAAAAUGUACGACCUGGUUGCCGGAUCACAGUGCCUGAAGAGCAGCUACGUCCUGAGCAAGAGCAAAGCGCUGGAGUUCUUCCCUAUGCUGAAGAAAGACAAACUUGUGGGAGCAAUUGUUUACUUUGAUGGACAACACAACGAUGCCCGUAUGAACCUGGCCAUCGCCCUCACAGCGGCCCGGCAUGGUGCUGCUGUUGCUAACUACACUGAGGUGGUUCAUCUGCUGAAGAAUCCAGACCCAAAAACAGGCCAAGAGAAAGUUUGUGGAGCCCACUGCCGGGACAUAAUCACAGGGCAGGAGUUUGACGUUCGUGCCAAAUGUGUCAUUAAUGCUACCGGCCCCUUCACUGACUCACUGCGCAAAAUGGACAACCAGAAAAAUGCCAACAUCUGCCAGCCUAGUGCAGGAGUGCACAUUGUCAUCCCCGGAUAUUACAGCCCAGAUAACAUGGGACUGUUAGACCCGGCCACCAGUGACGGCCGUGUCAUAUUCUUCCUGCCCUGGGAGAAGAUGACUAUCGCCGGCACGACAGACACGCCCACUGAAGUCACGGCCCAUCCCAUCCCUGUGGAGGAUGACAUCAACUUCAUCCUGAGCGAAGUACGCAAUUACCUCAGCCCUGACGUGGAAGUGCGGCGAGGGGAUGUCCUGGCGGCCUGGAGUGGCAUUCGUCCGCUGGUCACCGACCCCAACUCCAAAGACACGCAGUCCAUCUGUCGUAACCACAUCGUCAACAUCAGCGACAGCGGACUCGUCACCAUUGCUGGUGGGAAGUGGACCACCUAUCGUUCAAUGGCUGAGGAGACUCUUGACGCAGCUGUAAAGGCUCAUAACCUCUCAGCCGGUCCCAGCAGGACGGUCGGUCUGAUGCUGGAUGGUGGGAAGGACUGGACCCCCACCAUGUACAUUCGCAUGGUUCAAGACUAUGGCUUGGAAAACGAGGUUGCUCAGCACCUGGCAGCCACCUAUGGAGGAAGAGCGUUUGAAGUGGCCAAAAUGGCCCAGGUGACAGGCAAGAGAUGGCCAAUAGUGGGGAAACGCCUUGUGUCUGAAUUUCCCUACAUAGAGAGUGAGGUGCAGUAUGCUGUGAAGGAGUAUGCGUGUACAGCCAUCGAUGUGAUUUCUCGCCGAACUCGACUGGGUUUUCUGAACGUGCAGGCUGCGGACGAGGCUUUGCCGCGUAUCGUUGAGAUCAUGGGCAAAGAACUGCAGUGGACUGAGCAAAAAAAGAAAGAUGAGCUGGAGGCUGCAAAGAAUUUCCUGUACAUGGAGAUGGGUUAUAAAGCGCGCUCUGAACAGCUCAGCAAAACAACAGAGAUCUCCCUCACUGCCCCAGAGAUAGCAAGGUAUAAGAAGCGCUUUUACAAAUUUGAUAAGGAGAGUAAAGGCUUUAUUACAACAGUGGAUGUCCAGCAAGUGCUAGAGAAACUCAGCAUUCAGAUCGAUGAGAACGCCCUCCAUGAGAUCCUCAACGAGGUGGACCUCAACAAAAACGGCCAGGUGGAACUGGAUGAGUUCUUACAGCUCAUGAGUGCGGUCCAGAGAGGCCACAUCUCUGACAGUCGUCUGGCCAUACUGAUGAAGACGGCCGAGGAGGGGCUGGAUCUGAGAGGACCUGUCUCGGUUGACCGCAGUGGAGGCGGUGUUUGAAUCUCAUCUACAAACCAAAACAUCCACCAGACAACGGCUCCCACCACAAACCUGGAUAAACGCCAAAAAGCUCUGACCACUGUACCCACGCUGGUCAGAACACAAGCACGUCCUCUCAAGUCAUUAAUUGACCCAACCAGCAGGCUGCCUUCGACUACAAUCUUUUUCUUUUUAAAUUUCGUUAUAGCAUGCUUUAUUUAAAUUUAUCUGAAUGAAAAAAAAAGCUAUUAGAGCACAAUAUAUUCUUAAAAAAUGUUUCAAAGUGUAUUUUAGAGUCUAUAUUUUUAUCUAAUGCAUGCAGUGCCAUGUUAUGUGAACUGGUAAGCAGGACUGUCUCUUUGAUGUUUCUUUGAGCAGCUUUAUCCAAUGAGCUUUCUCCUGUGCCAUUUUAUUAAUGCAGAUCAUUUGUGAGAUUCAAGGGCUCCUAGUGUCUUCUGGGGUAAAUAAUGCACUAUAUGUGAAUUUCACGCUCUUACACUGCAUACUGCUUAUUUGUUACUAUGCUGAACAACACUGAUGAAAUGCUUUUUUUUUUUUUUUGUUUUGUUUUUUUGUUACAUUAUUUGAAUCAUUUCAAAUCAUUUUUAAUUUUCUGAAAAAAACUAUUUAUUCAAAAUCUAUGCUUUCCAUCAUGCUUUUUGAUAAAUAUCGUCUUGUUUUUAAUUAAUAUAAUUAAGUAUAUAAAUGUAUUGCCGUAUACUGAUCGGUUAUUUUAGUUCGUCUUAAACGGGUUGCUUAAAAAAGUAUUUUUAGACUUUGCGUUGGCUCUGGUUUAAUAGGACUGUUUUACAGAUUGUAAUGAAAUGUAAGAACUAUUGUUCGACUGAUGAACGUUUUAUCCCUUAUUCUUAUUCGUGAACAAUUGAAACUCCACUUUUUUUGUUUGUUUCCUAUAAAAAUGAUCCAUUUCAUUUUGAUAAAACAAGGGAAUGUUAUAACUGUAAACUUGAUGUAGAGCAAAGCAGGGAAUGUCCUAAAUGUGCCUUGCUUCUUAAAGGGAUAGUGCACCUAAAAUGAAAAUUCUGUCAUUAUUUACUCUUCUGUAGAACAUAAAAGAUAUUUUAAAGAGCGUUCCCCAACGGUUAUAGUUACGGUUGACUUCUAUUGUAUAGAGAAACUGAGAAUAAACACUGGAAAAUGUUUCAAAAUAUCAUCUUUUAUGUUCCACAGAAUUAUUACGAUACACGAUUUUCAUCUUUGGGUGAACUGCAACUUUAAAAAGACACUUAAUGAACUUUACAUGUCGAAACGCACAGUCCGACACUAUGUGGUUUUAAAUGCUUGUGUAUUUAUGUUAAUGCUUUCAGCAGGAAACUGCUUUUAAGUCUUUGCACACGAGAGCGGUUAAACUAAUUUAUUGUUCGUCUCAACAAGGUGUAAUUUCAGCCUGAUCCUGAUUGAAAGAAAUUCACAUUGUAUUAAAAAAAGUGUGUCGCAAAUCAAUCUGCAAAGCCUGACAAACACAAUUCUAUCAUUAAAUGUAUCUGGUUGCCUUC